CUGGGAGGAAAGUCUCUUGGCUUCUUCAGCUCCAUCGUCAUCGUCGUCAACAACAUCGCUGGCCCAGGCAUGCUCGUCCUUCCCAAAGUCUACCAGGAUGCUGGCUGGUUCGUUCCUACCGUAGUCCUUUUCGUCAUCUGCAUCGCCUCCUCCCUGGCCGCGAUUCUCCUCACAGACGCCAUGGCGCGCGUGCCAGGCAACAGCCGCUUCCAGAGGAGGAUUGAGUUCGUCAACGUCUUCGAGGAGUUCUGGGGGCACAGGGGGAUGCAGCUUGCGCAGGGGAUGUUCAUAGUGAACAUGAUGGCGCAGAUCUCCUCCUCUAUCAUCUCAAACGCGCAGGUCAUGGACUCCUUCAUCGUUUUCCUCAACCCCCGGCACACCACGUACGCCCUCCAGGUCUGGCCGACGCUCGACAUCAUCAGCUGGUCUCCUCCGCUCAAGGCGAUCCUCCAGCCCCCGGUCACCAUGGAGCAGUCGGCUGCCUGCCACCAGGGGAAGGUGAUCCCCUUCAACGACCCCGAGGAGUCCCGCGCCAUCAUCUCGCUGGGGUACCUGAGCCUUGCACUGAUCCUGAUCCCCAUGAGCAUCAUGAACCUGGAGGAAAACAUCUUCAUCCAGAAGAUCUCCUUCUACAUGCUCCUCCUCCUCUCCGCUGAGUUCCUCAUGCAGUUCUACAUGCAGGGCAUGGGGAACCACGAGGUCCCGGCCUUCGGGCACGACUACAGCCACGUGCUUGGAAGCAUCGUCUUCAACUUCGCCUUCAUCGUCGUCGUCCCCUCGUGGGUGAACGAGAAGAAGGCAGAAGUCGGCAUCGCCCCCUCUAUCUGGAUCUCUACCUUCUUCUCCACGAUCCUCUACGUGGCAACCGGAUGGAUGGGCGCCAUGGCCUACUACAGAGCGGAGGGCAACUUCCUGAACACGCUCUCCAACGCCUGCUCCCCCACCAUCACCCGCGUCAGCGCCUUUCUGUUCGCCUUCGGCAUGAUCGGGCUGGGCAUCCCUUUCAUCUGCAUCGUCACGCGCUACAGCCUCCUCGUGGGACGAGUCUGCGGGCCGAGGAUGAGCCACUUCUGGGCGAUCUUCUUUCCGUGGUUGGUCAGUUGGGUCUUUUACGAGGGAGGACUCUUCAACGAGCUCAUCGCAUGGAGCGGAGACCUGGCUCUCGGCCCCAUCAACUUCGUCUUCCCC